AAGAAGGGAACAGAAGCCAUCUUCCUGGUAUUCCUAAAAUGUACCGUUUCAUCCAUGGCGUCAAGUUUUUCAGCGUUUAUUUUAUUCGCACUAUUCGCUAAUUGAAUGUUUCGAUGUCGUAAACCGUAAUGUACAGCGAUAGAUUUAAGUAUUUGAUUGUACGGCAAAACUCGCGUACGAGAAGAAUCGAUCGAUCGGUUCAUAUACCAAGGUGAAGCACGCUGUUAAAAAUGUUACGAGAUGGAUUUCCAUCGACGAAUACCUAAUGACUCGAAGCAUUGUAAAAGCAAGCACUUUCUUAUCCGUCUUUUCUCUUACUUUUGCAACCUUUUUCUUUUGCGAUCCGUAUUCGAUAUUCUUGUCACGCGCUAUUCCGUUACCUAAUUCAUCGAACGAUUGACAUCUGGAAAUGUAAGUAAACCGAAAAUGAUAGAAAUGGAUUCAUUACUAUUCGGCGAUUGUUCGUUAAACUUGCGACACUUGCGAUUAAAGGUGCGACCCGAUGUUACGUUAACAAACGUAACAUACAUACAUUAUUCGAUAUGCGGAUCGAUCGAUUUUGUUCCCCUCGACUCGUAUAUAUACAUAUAUAUGUCUAUUAUUAAUUAUAUCAGCUUAAUCGUUAUGUGUUAACUAUCCUGUUAAAUUCCUCGUUUUUUAGCUCAGCCGUUAGAAUCGAUCACGGAAAUUAGAUAUGCUACCAACGAUACGUUUAAGCGAUAAUGUAAGCGUUAGCGUAUUGUAACAUACGCGUGUGAAUUUUUGUACAUCGUUGAUAGACGAUAAAAGGAACGAAUAGACGAUAAAAAGAAUCGCGAUUCACAUUCGUUGCGCAUUUUAUGCAGAAAGUAGCAUCUUAUAAAAUUGUACGAACACGUAGCUUAGAAUAGCGAAAGGGACGAGUAUCGUAAUACGGAGACGCUACGAGCUUUAAGAGCUUUUCACCGAUAUUUUCACCUCACCGUUGUGUCGCAAGUGGUUCGAACGUGGUGAGAACGGAGUAGUGUAACAUUUAAAAAGAAACACGAACGUAAGUCGGACCGCUUGAGUGGGUGGGAGAAUUCGUUGCUUCGAAGGUAGGCAGGGCUCUAUAUAAAAUCAAAGGAGGCUAUCGAAAAGGUACCAUACGAGUUAAAAACGUACUCUCUGUACGCUUAACGUUAUUCCUAGGCCCCUCGUACGAAAUAUAAAUAAAUACGACGAUGCAGCCAAUUAGCAUUGCGGUUCUUGCCGUUGUUUGUUGUUAUAUCGUACCAUGUAUAAUAGCCAAAGAAGACGCUUUACCAUCGACAGAGAGCCGUUCCUCGAUUCUCGAUCAAUCUGUUGGUCAAUUAGAAAAUGAAGAAUAUUCGGGCGCUACGUUGAACAGGCAAAAAAGAACGCUUUUGCUGAAGAAAAAGCUUAUCGGUGCAGGACUCUUGGGCUUCGGCUUAGGCGCCGUGAAAGGGUACAAGCUCGGUUACAAGACGGCUCCAGAAGUUCACCAUAUUUACGUGUCGAGUCCUCCAGCAUCCGUAAAAUACGUCGAAUACGUUGACAAACCUGUCUUCGUGGAAAGAAUAAUCGAGAGGCCAACUCCGGUUUUUAAACCGGUACAUGUCGAAUACAGAGAAUCUGCUCCUUAUGGGCCUUGGUAAUAUCAAUGUAAAUCGUGGAUCGGUGCAAGCAAUCGCGUGAAAUUGGCUAAAAAUAAUAAUCCAAUAGCCGGCCAUAGACCAACAAGAAGAAGUUUGUAAAAUACCAGGAAAUUUCUAUCGAAACGUCUUCGUAUUGGUUUAUUCUCAUGUACACACGCACACCUAUGUAUUUAUGCAUACGUUCAAGACUCAUCGUACAAUAGAAGAAAACAAUAUUUUAUACUAUACUCGACGUUGUAUUCGUGACUGGCGAUCUAAAAUUUAAAUAGACGCGAUAUCGUCAUACUGUUUUAUUGCUUAAAAUGAAUUAUUGCAUCAGGACGAAUACAAAGUAACAUCGUCACUUUGAUUAUCUUAAAGGGAAAAGAAAAGGAGUACAUAGAAAAAGAGUUUCAUUUUCCUGUAUCAUCGAUCAAAUUUUACUUUCCAUGUGUAUGCUCUGCUCCACGUUUUGCAUCAGUUUAUCGCACCGUUCUUAGCCGCAUCGUUGCGUAGAACGAAUUACGUGGUUCAUUUGUCAGAUGAUUGAUUAAAAUGGCUUGAUGUUAAAUAAACGCUCGUAUUUUUACAUCUUA